GUUUCAAGACGAUCUGCUGAUACAAGCAAAGAAGAGAGGAAAUCUGUAUUAAGUGGUCUCGUUGGGUUUGGAAGCAAUUCCAUCAGAAAAAGUAUUGACAUGAUAAAAAACUAUAAUCAUUAUUCCGGUUCAAGUUCUGGACGUGGUAAAAAUUUAGGAAGCUACCGUAGGGGUCAAAGUCUUUGGAGAACACUAACGUCCGAGCGCGAGAGGCCCUUUGAAAAGGAGGAAAUUGCACAUUGGGAUUCUAGAGAUGCAAAGCUGACGAGAGCAGAUCAGGUUCUUCACCGAAUAACAACAAGUCACACUCAAAAGAUGGAGGUGACAGAGGUAGUGACGGAAGAGGAGAACUCGAAACUUCAUUUCCACCAGACGAAAAGUACAAGGACGAUGAUGGAUAUGUACUACAUAUGCGCUUCCACAUGGAGGCGAGAAUGAGGGAGGAGAACUCUGAGCUCCACAUCCACGAUGUGGAGAGUAGGAGGACGACACGGGAUCAUCGUCAACACGUUUCUUCACCUGGAGAGGAGAAGGACGAAGUAGUUCUUAAUAGCUCAAUAUCCAUUCUCUGCAGGAGGGGAGUACGAGGAAGAUGGCAUAGAGGUACAUUCCAAGCUGCUACGGGGAGUAUUGUUGGCAAUGGAUUAGGGUUCCCGGACCAUCGGCGGCUGGAGAUUGGACUAGAUGGAGUUGCAGGUGCGCAGGAUGUGCAGGUGGAUAAGGUUAGGCAAGUGGAUAGGAUAGUGAAGCGGAAUAGGAUGACAGGUGUUACUUUGUUCGUAACCCCCUGGAUUUCCGGGUACCGUGGCGUGCGACUCCUUUUGCUUGUAAGGCACUCUCGUGGUUGUGUUCGCCGGCAGUUUUAACAUUCAGAGUGUUGGAGAGGAGCUGCUCUCGAUAGUUGGUGAGUGUGGAUUCAGAGUGUUGGAGAAGAGCUGCUCUCGAUAGUUGGUGGGUGUGGAUUCAGAGUGUUGGAGAGGAGCUGCUCUCGAUAGUUGGUGGG